AUGGACACAUUUCGCGCGGUCGUGUUAGCCGCGGCGGUGGCCGUGGUCUUGGCCGCAAUACUUGUGUCCGCCGAUCCCGACCCCGGCUUCAAGAAAGGAUACGGCAGAAGACACGUGGGAUACGGCAAAGGCGGAUACGGCAAGGGACACGUCAAGGGCUACGGGAAAGGACACGGAGGAGGAGGAGGAGGAGGAGGAUACGGACACAGCUCAGGAGGAUACGGGAAAGGACACAGUGGCUACGGCAAAGGACACGGUGGCUACGGCAAAGGAAUCGGCAAAGGCUUCAAAGGGUUUUACAAAGGACUGAAAGGCUUUUCCACGGGGUUUAAAAGCUUCUACAAAGGCGGCCACAAGGGAUACGGCGGAGGAAAAGGAGGGUAUGGCAAAGGCAAAGGCCACGGGGGUUACGGCAAAGGCAAAGGCCACGGGGGUUAUGGCAAAGGCAGCGGCAAGGGCAAAGGUCAUGGAGGGUAUGGCCACAGUAUAUACGAGAUUAUCAGGAGUGCAGAAGAGGAGUGGUAUUCUUUCAGUAAAAGUGUAUGA